AUGAGGCGCGGCCCCACGCGGCCCGCCGGAAGGAGAGCAGCCCCAGCGGGCGGGCGGGCGGCCUGGCGGGCGGCCUGGCGGGCGGCCCGGCGGGCGGGCCGGCCAGGAGACGCCCGCUCCGCGGCCCCAGGAGGUCCGCGCGACGGCCCCGCCCCCAAGGCCCCGCCCCCGCCGGGCCUGUCUGCAGGCCCCGCCCCCGACCCCGCCCCCGCCGGCCCACCCGCCCCCAAGCUGAGCGCCGCGGGAAGGUGGCACGCCCGAGCGCGCAGGCGCAGGCGCAGGCGCAGACGCAGGCGCCAAGGCCUACAGGCCCGCAAGGCCUUCGUUAGCCCACACCGCCCGCGGGAUCCGCUCGCCCUGGACCCAGGGCCAGACCGCCCCGUCCCCAGGACCUACCCGCCGCGCCCUCCGAAGCCGAGAGCCCCGCCUCCGGGAACCGUGAGCUCCACCCCAGAACCCGUCCGCCCCGCCCCCGGCAGUCGGGAGCUCCGCCCCUGGGAGCCAGGAGCCCCGCCUCUCGAAACACGCCCCGCCCAGGGGAUCUGCCUGCCUCGCCUCAGGAGCUUCACCCCCCGCCCGCCGGACCUGCCCGCUCCUCCUCUGGGACCCGCCCGCCCCGCCCCCGGGAACAAAGAGCCCCGCCUCCGGGAACUGAGAGCCCCGCCCCCGGGAACCAGAAGCUCCACCCCCGGGAUCCGCCAGCCCCUCCUCCAGGAGCCAAAAGCCCCGCCUUUGACUGCCGAGUGCCCCGUUCCCGGUACCCGCUCGCCUCGCCCGUGGUACCCGCUCUCCCUGCCCCUGGGAACAGGAACCCGCGGGGCGGGGCAGGGGAGCUCCCAAGUGCGCCGCGAGGUCAAGGACCGAGGGCAGCCCCGGCACCCCAGCCGCAAGUCCCGGAGGUCUGACUAA